AUGAUUCUAUCCCUCGACAUGAAAAAUGCGCCCGAUUCACGAUGUAAGUCAUCGGGACACGGCGGUAAAUGCCGGAAGGAGGGUAAUCUUUCACGAUCACAACACGAAAGUGCCACUCACACACCUGUGCGGGCACGUGGUCCCCGGAGGAGUACUUCUCGGUUAGUAAACGAGCGGUCGCCAAACAGGUGCGGUUGGGCUAUAGGUGCUAGUGCGAUGGAGGAAACACCGGAGAUUCUGGGUUUGCGCCGCCGGGCUGAGGAGGUUGCUCCAAUUUUGGGUGCUAAUGUUUGUCAAAUCCGUGAUCUGUUACUAUUACAGCGUGUAGCGAUCGAGGUUGCUGAACGAUUCUCCCGUCUGGAGGAGUGGUACGUUGCACAGUUGCGGGAGCGCUCCGAGUACUUGGAGCACCGCGUGACGCAGUUGGCGGAGGCUGCUGCUUCUCAGACCGCUUAUUUAACCUCUGAUAAGUCCCGAACACCGACGGCGGUACGUCACCGUCAAGGUUUAACCGGUAGAGCCGCGGGGAUGAGUAGGCCCUCGCUCAGUUUUCGCAGUAGGUCUCCUUCGAGUAACGAUGAUGCUGGGAGGAGCGGUGGGGCCGCGCCGUCUUCCCCUUUCAAGGUCCAGCAUUCAAAGAAUUUAAACAGCUCGCGCAUUCGUUUUACAGGGCGUUCUACCGCGUCACUGUUCGCUCUGCACUUUCAACCUCCAACUGUCGAACAUAACUAUAACAAUUCGGCCGAUACUUCUCGGGGGACGGGCCCCAACAGACGUCGGACUAUGGAUAUGUUAGGACCUUGUGGGGGCGCAAGUGCCAUGAGGAUGAAACUAACGAUGAAAGACAAGCGAAAGUCACCAAGUUCAGGUUCCCACCAGAGGCGUCCUUCUAAGGGGGGUAGCGAAUCCGAGGUGUACGAUACCCUGAAUGGUAGCAAUAGCAACAAUAAGCAGAUUAGUACACGGCGCGCUUGUGGUUCAACUAUCUUGCUCUCAGUUUCAGAUAGGAAGCACACACCACGUCGUGUGUUGCCCGCUUCCAGCAGACUGAUUUAUGCGGUCGAUGCGAUCGCACGGGAAUGA